CAUUUUUCUUUUAUAACUUUGGUGACAAAACACUCAUUUCAAAUACGACAGUUUCUUUUUCUUUUUAUAUUUACUUUUCCUCAAUUUGAACAGUCGCCGGAGAAUUGAACGGAGAUCAAAUUUCCCGGCGACGGUGAUCGGAAAAUGUUCUGAAUUUUGCAAUUGAAUUAGGGUUUUAUUAUUAUUAAAGCGCGCAGAUAUGAAUGAAAUCAAGUCGGAAGAGGAGAAGAAGAUAGUAGAAAUAUUUUUGAAAAUAAUCGGUCCUUCUCCGCCUUGUCGAUUUAAUGUUCCUUCUUCUAUUAAGGUACAUGAAUUGAGAAAGAUGAUUGCUGGGAAUCGAAAUAUGCCUAUCGAAAAUUUAAAACUUGUUCUGCGAGGAAAUGUAUUGCAUGAUAGUGAAAAUGGAGAUGACAAAGUAGUCCAACUCAACAACGGAGAUUCACUAAUAGUUGCUUUCAAACCAAAGCCACCUCCUAAGCAUUUUCGUGAUGAAUUUGAUGAUGACGAUGAUGAUGAACUGAGGUUUCAGUUACCCCCAUCAACUAGUAAGUGGAAGAGGAAGUUUUUCCAUAUACUACGUGAUAGACUGAAAUUUCCAGAUAUGCUUUUGAUGGUACUUUUCUCCGUCAGUCUAAAGGUUUGGAUUAUGAUUGUGACUUGGUUCAUUCUGGCCUCUAUUGCGCGAAGAUAUGGUGUUGCACCUUUAUUUUUACUGGCGACUGGGUUUGGCCUCAUCUUUUAUAAUCUUGGACAUCGGAAGCAAGGAGAACUUAGUGCAUAUUCUGUAUUCAAUGAAGAUUUUCGAGAACUUCCAGGGACCCUCAACGCAGAUCAUAUUGACAGAGAUAUCCGGGCAGGCCGAUUUUGAGUCAAGACUUUUUUUGCUCCCUCGUCUAAUCAAAAUUCAUUUUGUACCAAAUGGUGACGAUCGUACAUGUGAAAGUCGAAUGAAGUUCAACACCAACGAACUAGCACCAUGCGUGACGAUGUGCCUAUGUUUUUAUCAAUGUAGUGAUAAAUCUUAGGUUCUACGCCUUUUACGCUUCUUUUUUCAGGUAUUGAAGUGUUCUGUAUUAUGUAACAUAGGAGAAAAGUUCAUGUAGAGCUGGGGACGGACCUAGCUUAGAAGUUUGAAUUCACGUGAACCCAAUGACUUUCGUUCAGAUCUUGUAUAUGUAUUAAAAAAUUCAUUAAAUCUAUAAAUAUUCGACUUUGAAUCUA